AACGUCCAGUGGGAGUGUACGAAGUCGCGAUCGAAAAACCGGUUCCGAAAAAUUGUCGAAGUGUGUACGAUUCCUCAGUGUAUUUUCAGUGACGUGAUGGCUACGAGCGCAGGUGUUGGGAAGGGUACCUAGGAGUUGACUGAUGUCGGAGACUAAGAUGAAGGAGUGCGGCAGGGCGACGCACGCUUGGCUCGCCAGCCUGUGUAUAGUGUCCGUGGUGGUCUCUGGGUACGUGCUGUACAAGCAGUCCCUACUGGAGUCCCGGCUGGAUGCUCUGGAGAGACAGAACCAGGUCCCUGGGGAACUCCUGGUGGAGAGGCUCCGGCGAGAGGUCGGCAGGAAGUACUCGCAGCAUACGCGGGUGGUGAGGGACACUAGCGACUGUUCAUGUCCAGGUCCCCCAGGACCUCCUGGAAAACGAGGGAAGAGGGGCAAAAAGGGUGACCCGGGAGAACCGGGACCAUCGGGUCCAUUGGGUCCUCCUGGCAAGAAUGGCUUUCCGGGCCAAAAAGGCGCCAAAGGGGACCGAGGCUACAUGGGCCCGAUCGGACUGGACGGCCCCAAAGGAGACCCGGGUCGGCCGGGUGACAAAGGACAAAAAGGUGAAUCUGGAAGUCCAGGCUUCGACGUCUACGCAGCUGUCAAGGGCCUAAAGCGGUCAGUGACGACGCUGCGGGGCGGAACCCUGGGCUACGCCGAGAUCGUAGCAGUCAAGGGAGAGCCAGGUGAGCCUGGACCGCCGGGACCUCCGGGACCACAGGGUCCUGAGGGACUCCCUGGACACGACGGCAGACAGGGUAUACCAGGAGAACCGGGAGCGCCGGGAGAGAAGGGAUCGCCGGGUCCUGUAGGGCCUAUGGGACCUCAAGGGGAACCUGGAGUUGCUGGACUUAAGGGAAUGAAAGGAGAGAGGGGACACUUGGGACCUCCAGGUUUCCCUGGACUUCCAGGAUACAGAGGACUUCCUGGUGACAAAGGUGAUAAAGGUGAGCGAGGGUUGACGACGACGUUGAAUGGAGACCAGUUCCCGACAGGAAUCAUCGAGGGUCCUCCUGGACCUCCUGGACCACCAGGCGCCAGGGGGGACAAGGGGGAUCUCGGUCCCACAGGCCCCCCCGGAAUGCCAGGAGAGAAGGGGGCUAGAGGCAAACGUGGCAAGAGGGGAGGAGUCCCAAAUCUUCCCGGACUUCCAGGACGUCCGGGUCUUCCAGGUGAGAGAGGUCCUCAGGGAUUACCAGGACCUAAAGGAGACCGAGGGCUACAAGGUCCCCCAGGAGAUGCAGCAAUGGGAGAACCUGGGCCACAGGGUCCCCCCGGACUCCCGGGUCAGUAUGGACCAAAGGGAGAGAAGGGAGACUAUGGUGACAUAGGACCCCCGGGUUUGAUGGGUCCUCCAGGACUACCUGGACCUCCUGGCUAUCCAGGCCAGAAGGGUGACAAGGGAGACAAAGGAGAAUCGAAAUAUAAGAAGCUCAGAAGAAGACAGGGAGAUGGCACAUUCGACUCUAUCGGAGGAGCGGAAGUUGUAGUCGGACCCCCUGGACCACCAGGCCCCGCAGGAGUUCCAGGUCUACAAGGUCCUCCAGGAAUCAAGGGAGACCGGGGCAUGGAUGGUGCCAAAGGAGAACCAGGAGAUAAAGGAUCAAAAGGUGAUCCUGGACCCAUGGGACUACCAGGUCCCAUGGGGCUGAGAGGCGACUCGGGUCGGCCGGGUGACAUAGGCAAGCCCGGACAGAUGGGACCUCCAGGACUUGAUGGAAUGAAGGGAGGCCAAGGUGAACCUGGAACUAAAGGAGAGAGAGGAGACCCCGGACUGCCUGGUACUGAUGGAAUACCCGGUACAGAGGGACCUAAGGGAGACAAAGGCACAAAAGGUGAAGCGGGUCCCAUCGGAAAGCGAGGGAGAAAGGGCGAUAAGGGAGACAAAGGUGACCAGGGAGUUCCCGGACUGGACGCUCCUUGUCCCAUCGGCCCCGAUGGACUACCACUACCAGGCUGCGGCUGGAGACCACCCAAGGAGUUGAGUGAACACACGACUCCGUCCUCCAUGUCUAUUACCCCCGAGCCCCCGGCGGAGGACUAUGAUGAUGGUGGGGAUGAUGAAUAUGAGGAGUAUCCUGACCCCAACACUAACAACUACCAGCCCACCAAAUAACAGGUCUAAACCAAAUGAAUGCAUUUCGAGAUGAAUAUUUGACAGAGUCUACUGCCAUGUACAUAUACCCACCAGAAACAGAUACAGAACUCUAGUGAAGUGAUAGUGAAGUGACAGCUAGCUUAGUUAAAUGUUUUAUUUUUGUACAUAAUAGAAAAAACAUUUUCGUUUUCGUUUUGUUAAGUUUUUAUCUACUUGAUGUAAAUAAGAACAAAACUAUAUGUAAGUCAUAGUUUUUUACCUCAUAUUAGAAACUUUUUUAUACAUCAUAGUGUCUUGAUAUUUACAUUGAAUAUUACUUAAAUGUUUUACGUACAUGUAGACUUUUAGGAGAUAAGAAAUUAACCAAAGGAGUUAAGGGUUUGAAAUGAAAGUUGGAAUUGAAUUUUUAAACACAAGCUUCAUCAAUUAUCCGGUUACAUGCUGAUUAAUUAUUGAUUUGGUUCAUAGAAUAUUUAGUCCAUGUUCUAACAAUACAAAAAGAAUUGAUUGUUUACUUUGUGAUUAUAAGAAUGUAUUACACUGGUUUAGUAAUGUAGUUCUUUGUCAAUUCAAAAUUUCAGCUACAUUACCUUUGUUAGUUGAAUGUAUUGCCUUGUGUUAUUACUUUUCGUUUUAGUUUUACAUGUAUAGUAUUUUGUGUGUGUUAAGCAUUUGGUAAGAACGCUUUAAUUUAUUAUCAAACUUUUGUAUGUAUUAUCAGUUCCUAAUACUCCUCUUUCUUCAUAAAUACUUGUUUCAAACACUUAUUUGGUAGGUACUGUAACUAUGUACAUACUUUUAAAAUAAAUAAUUACAAGCUAAACAACAAAAAUUAAUAUAUUCUAUCCAGGCACAAAACAACAAAUAUAAGAGAUUCACUUUUGAAGCCUAAUGUCUAAAAUAUGUAAAUCAUACUAUUAAAAACUGAGUUCAGUACCAUCACAAACAACCUAUAAUGUUUCUUUUAUUAAAUACUGUAUUUUAAUUGUAUUAAUGCUUAUUUUUGUAUUGGCAAAAAUGUUAACAAUUGUAGUUUUGUAAUGACUGGAGCAUGCAAAUUCCUUGUGAAGAGUCUUUUAGAAUCAAUCUUGGAUUAAAUAGAAACAAGUAAGAUCAGUUAACUUUGAAUAUUUGACAGUAGGAUACAUUUAUUUCAUUUGUCUACAGAUACGUUAAAGCCAACUUAAAUUUUUCUUCCUUAACAAUAACUUUCAACACUUACCUUUUAUGUACAAAACAACUGUAAACUGUAAACUUUUAGAUGAUAAAACUGUAUAUUAAACCUAGUGUAAGAGAUGUUAAAUGGCGGAUUUCCAAUAGUUUUUAUUUAUUUGUACAAUAAUUUGACUGCUGUUUUUUUCAAUCAGUGCCAAAUAUUAAAACAGUUUUAUGAAAAUGUCAAUAAUUAAACAUCACAUUAUAUUCUUUA